AACUGGCUAUCGCAUCUCAUUCACACCGAAAAUCUUAAGACUAGACUAAAUAUAAUAAAUUAGACAGGGACGUGGCGGCCGCUAAAUCGACGCCACAGAUAUAAAGAAUAGUAUAUUAACUAACAGAUUACAUCGGAUAUUAUUUUCGUUAACACGUGCUCACUUGAACGAGGUUACGAGGACAAUGGAAAUGAUAAUCGUUACAUAUAUCUAAAAAAAACACAAACAAGGUGUCGCCGCUGGACACAGGUAACCAGCGCGGCCUGUAUACAAAAAUUCAAAUCGAAUUCGCGCAAACACUUAACACUUUUUUUCUCCCAAGUCCCUUAAGGACCAGCCAAUCCUCAUUAAAUUAUCGCCUGCCCGGUUCCUAUCUCGCGUAGCUUCUCUAUAUAAUUCGUAUAAAAUAUAUUUGUGGUCACCACCAGUGACUUCUUCUUCUACCCUCCAGUUUUUAAUAUACCUAAACAUACUACCGGAAACUAAAGUUAUAUCAAUAUUUGAGGUCCCUCUCCCCCCUCAAAGGUUGGUCGCCCCUUUUUAUUUAUACAGAUUCUCACCGGUCAAACGGUAUAAACAAGAUAACGCGUGGUCCAAACGUCGAAAACAAGAUAAGCCGAAAACGGUAACGCCAUCAGGAGAUAAGCAAGAGUAUAAAAGAAGAAGCAGGCCGGCGCGCGCGACAUUAACCAUCGGACAUUAAUCAUCAGGCAAUAAUAAUAUACACUCAAGAUAGUCGGAGCUAAGGUUUCGGGUCGGAUUGCGAGAACAUUCGAUUGUAACAAAUUGCGCACAUUGUAAAGUGUUGUAGUGAUUAAGGAGUAAAAUAAAUAUUUUGUUUUUUUAAAACACGAACUGAUCUCUUUCCCGCGUAACAUAAAAUUGGUGGCAGCGGUGGGAUCUGCUGAGAUCGUUGCGGAGUCGACGUAGCUGCGGAGACAGCCAGUAGAUCCUGAACCUACAACGGGAAGGAAGAAGAAGAAAAGGAAAAGAGAAAGAGCUCCUCAAGAAAUAUAAACAACAAAGAAGCAUCAAGGAAGGCAGAUCAAGAGACAGAAGAGGAAAAUCAAGAAGCUGCACGAGAACAAGACGAAAAUGAAUCGAUUAUUGAAGCUACUGAUUCUGAGCACAUUGAUACACGAAGCACCGACGAAACCGAUUGAUCGAGAAGAAAUAAUUAUAACGCCAAUAGACACAAAGAAAUCAAUUUACUUGGAACAUAUAAAAGAAGCUCAGUUAUAUCACGAUACAUGGAAAGUCACUGUUGGAAUUGAAUAUAGACACUUACAAGACGAAAUAAGAUUAUUAGUAUUACACACGAAUCAGUUAGCUAAACGAUGCAACGAAAUUAACCCAUGUUUAAGCAAACAAAGAAUACUCCUUCAACAAGAACGCAACAAGCGAUUGAAUCAAGAGCUAACAUCUUUAAGGAAAUUCAUGGGACAUAUACAGAGAAGAGGACUACUUAAUGCUGUGGGAGAAGGAAUGAAAAUACUAUUUGGAACAAUGACAGCUUCAGAUGCAGAGUAUUACAACAACGAACUGGACAAAUUGAGAGAAGAUAAUAUCAAGAUAGCCCACUUGGUAAGAAAUCAAACAACGAUAUUACUCCACAAGAUACAAGAUAACCUGGGAACUUACAAAUAUGUUCAGCAGCAAACAGACAAGCUGAAUAUCAAUUUUGAAUUAUUACAAAACGCCACAAAGGAAGAGAUAUUCAAUUUAGAAAUAGAUGAAACAUUAGCCGAUUACAUAUUUCUUUAUCACGACGUUUCAACAACAAUGCAAAAGCUUCAAGAAGCAAUCGUCGACGGCAAACACGGCAUAGUACAUCCAACAAUAUUACCUCCCUCAGAAUUGUUUGAAGCUAUAAGAAACACAACGAAAUCCGAAAAAUUUCCUGUACCAUUAAGGAAAGAAUACUACCGAAUGUUACUAGAUACGAGCGAAAUAUCAAUAACGCUAACAAACGAAAAAUUAAUUUACAAUCUUCGAAUUCCAAUAUUAGAAGAAGAUAUCUACACAUUAUACAGACCAAUUGCAUUACCAAUUUACUCAUACAUUCAAGGAUAUUCCGUAUACAAUGUAGAAUUCGAAUAUCUACUUUUGAACAAGCCACAAACGGAAUUCAUACCUAUUGACGAAGAGGAAAAAACACAAUUUAAAAGUGUGGGAAAUCAAUAUGUAAUCCAAAGGAAACAUCCAAAUUAUUUGACAUCGUCUUCAAACGCUUGUUUAAUAGAAUUACUUCUGAAGAAAAGCCAACAAUGUUCGCAAAAAUAUAUAAAAUUGCAAGGAACGUUAUUCAUUCAACUGUCAACAAACCAAGACUGGAUAGCCAUUACCCCUAAGAAGGAACAAAUACAUAUUAUUUGUGAGAAUAAAGAACUGCAUAUAAUAACAAUACAAGACAGAAACAUAGUACAUCUACCGCAAGGAUGCGCCGGAACAACCGAAGAAGCAAUUAUAAAAGCCGGAGGAGAAAAGGGAAACACCACAUUAAAUAUACCUGUCGAAACCACAGAACAUUUAGACCAUUGGAAGCAAAUACUAAUGGACAGACAAAUCGAUAUACAAGAUCUUAAUAUAACGUAUCUAAAGAAAACACAAAUUACAGCUCAAGACCUUCAAUUGAUAGGAACAACGAUAGACGAAAUAAAUCAACAGAUUGAAAUAUUAUCGCUAAAAAGGAGAACCAUGACUACAAUGGAGCGAUUCAAAUAUUAUAUUACCAUACUAGGAUAUGCUAGUUUAGCUGGAGCCACAUUAUAUAUUCUGCAUAAAAUAAAUUGCCUACAACCUAUAUGGAAGCUAAUGAAGAAAAUAUUAACGCCGUGUAUCACAAUUUACGAUCAUUGUUCAUUUGGAACAUAUGCACAGACAAUCGAUAGAACACCUGCGAGACCAAUCAGAAUGACGGAUCUAAUGCACCAGGAAGAAGAACCACCCCAAUACCAAGAACGAGAACCGUCAACAAGAUCAAGACUUUCCAGAAAAACGUUCUACAGACUGCCUACCAACGAGGUACAUUGAAACUAAGAAUGCGAUUCUUAUUUACAAUUUUUCUCUAGAUUUUUCUAUCUAUUAAGAACUAGAUCAUUAAGUAUUCAGAAAUAUAUUGUAACAUGUUUGUAGAAUGGAAAAAUAACCCCAAUUUAGUAAAUAAGUUAGAGAGCGUAUUAGAGUUGUCAGUAGAAUUUGAACAGGAUUUAAUAGAUUCAGGAAGGAAUGUAAUAUUCGAAUAGAUUAGAAUAUUCUCGAAAUAUAAAUUAAAAUGCGAGGACGCAUUUUCUUUCACCCCGGGAGGAAUCUCACCGGCCAAACGGUAUAAACAAGAUAACGCGUGGUCCAAACGUCGAAAACAAGAUAAGCCGAAAACGGUAACGCCAUCAGGAGAUAAGCAAGAGUAUAAAAGAAGAAGCAGGCCGGCGCGCGCGACAUUAACCAUCGGACAUUAAUCAUCAGGCAAUAAUAAUAUACACUCAAGAUAGUCGGAGCUAAGGUUUCGGGUCGGAUUGCGAGAACAUUCGAUUGUAACAAAUUGCGCACAUUGUAAAGUGUUGUAGUGAUUAAGGAGUAAAAUAAAUAUUUUGUUUUUUUAAAACACGAACUGAUCUCUUUCCCGCGUAACAAGAUAAAUCCGUAAUCAUCUAGCCAUGUCUCUAAAUACUUUCCUCUCGGUUCUAUACCCCUUUUUCUGGAUUUACCCGAUCUAAUGGAAUGGGCAUUCAUAUCGCCCGCAAUAAUAAUCUUACUAUGUCCUGUUCCCCUUUUAAGCUUGUCUGCCUCGGUUGACAGCUCUUCCCAAUUCGUGAUGAAUUCGUUCAUUUGUCUAUUUGGCGAAAUAUACACCGAAAAAAUCAUUAUAUCCCCAUACGAACAGGGUACAUAGCAUCUUCCUUGUGAGGUCAUUUUCAAACUCUUACCUAGAUUAGCCCCCACAAUCGCGGCGCCUCCAUCCUUACUCAAGUAAGUGGUGCAAUUGCCCAUCGAUCUUGGCGGUUCACUAAUUAUA